CGCCUUUGUGUGUCAGACCGCAGAGGGGCCAGCUAGCUCGGCUAGCAACGAGCGGCUAACAGCCGACAUAAGACGGAACACCGCGGUGGUUAGCAGCUUAGCUCCGCUGCUUGUUCGCCAUGGUCAACGUAAAGAAGCGGAAAGGUCGGGUCGUCAUCGACUCAGACUCCGAGGACAGCGCCAGCGACGACAACUUAGACGAGGAGUUGCUGUCCUUGGCAAAGAGAAAGCGCGUCGACUCCGACGAGCCGGAAGAGCCGGUGAGCAAACCGGCGGCGUCCACCGAUUCCGAGACGUCCGACAGCGACGAUGAGUGGACUGUGGGGGGCACCAAAGGCAAAAAGAAAGUAAAACCAGGGAAGGGUCCCGAGAAGAAGAAUGCCAACAAGAAGAAGGUUCAUAAAUCCACAGCGUCUGGGAGCUCAGAUGGAGACGGCUCAGGGGAGAGCUCUGCACCUGAGGAGGGUGAGGUGUCCGACUCGGAGAGCAACAGCUCCUCGUCCAGCAUGGACUCUGACUCCUCAGAGGAUGACGUCUUUCGGGACGGCUAUGACGACGACCUGAUGGGCGACGCUGAGGACCGAGCCCGGCUGGAGCAGAUGACAGAGAAGGAGCGAGAGCAGGAGUUGUUUAACAGGAUCGAGAAGCGAGAGGUGCUUAAGAGACGAUUUGAAAUCAAGAAGAAACUGAAGACGGCAAAGAAGAAGGAGAAAGAAGAGAAGAAGAAGAAGCAGGAGGAAGAACAAGAAAAACGGAAGCUAUCUCAGGUUCAAGACACACAAGUGGUGACGUCCCACAACAAGGAAAGACGAUCCAAACGUGACGAAAAACUGGACAAAAAGUCCCAAGCCAUGGAAGAACUCAAAGCGGAGCGUGAGAAGAAGAAGAACAAAACAGCGGAACUUUUGGCCAAACGAGAGCCACUGAAGACCAGUGAGGUCUACUCGGACGACGAAGAGGAGGAGGAGGAAGAUGACGACAAGUCGUCGGUCAAAAGCGACAGGAGUUCGCGAUCUUCCUCAUCUGACGACGAUGACGAAAAGGAGGAAACACCACCAAAGUCUCAGCCCGUUUCACUGCCAGACGAACUCAAUCGGAUCCGCCUGUCCCGACACAAGCUGGAACGCUGGUGCCACAUGCCGUUCUUUGCCAAGACUGUGACGGGUUGCUUUGUAAGAAUUGGGAUCGGUAACAACAGCAGUAAACCAGUUUACAGGGUUGCUGAAAUUGUGGAUAUCGUGGAGACGGCAAAGGUUUACCAAUUGGGGUCUACCCGGACAAACAAAGGAUUACAAUUACGGCAUGGCGGCGACACACGUGUUUUUAGGCUGGAGUACGUAUCAAACCAGGAGUUCACAGAAAACGAGUUCAUGAAGUGGAAAGAGGCAAUGAUCAUCGCAGGAAUGCAAGUGCCGACGUUAGACGAGGUCACCAAAAAGGAGCAGUCCAUUAAAGAAGCCAUGAACUACAAGUUCAACGACAAAGACAUUGAGGAUAUCGUCAAAGAGAAGGACCGAUUCCGAAAAGCACCACCAAACUACGCUAUGAAGAAAACUCAAUUAAUGAAAGACAAGGCCAUGGCAGAGGAGAGUGGUGAUGGUGACAAAGUGAAAGUCAUCCAAGACGAGAUGAACGAGCUGGAGGAGCGGGCAGAGGCCCUGGACAGACAGAGGACCAAAAACAUCUCUGCCAUCAGCUACAUCAAUCAGAGGAACAGAAGCUGGAACAUAGUGGAAUCUGAAAAGGCUCUUGUGGCCGAAGGACAAAAUUCCAAAAACCAACAAAUGGACCCUUUUACUCGAAGACAAUGCAAACCCACCAUGGUGUCGAAUGCCAGAGAUCCGUCGGUCCAUGCAGCUAUUCUCGCUCAUCUGAACCAGAAGUACGGCUCUGGCUCCUCGCCCGAUGCUUCUGCUCUGGAUAAGAGCAAACAGGAUUUGACAGACGCCAAGGACAAAGACGCACCCAAGCCAACCACUGACCUCUCAGAAGACUUGUUUAAAGUUCAUGAUUUUGAUGUGAAGAUAGACCUCCAAGUUCCCAAUUCAGAAGCCAAGUCUCUGUCCGUCAGCUCCAACGCUCUGCCAGUGAAAGAUGGCGCCCCCCGCAGGUCCCUUAACCUGGAGGACUACAAGAAAAGGAGGGGGCUCAUCUGACCACAACAACACCAUAGAAGAAAACCACACUGCAUGAGGAGGAACAGGCUGUGAAAGAACGUGUGUGCAUUUGUGCGACUGUGUGUGUGUGUGACUGUGUGUGUGUGUGUGUGUGUGUGUGUGUGUGUGUGUGUGUGUGUGUGUGUGUGUGUGUGUGUGUGUGUGUGUCUCAAUACAAUGGACUUUUUAUCUGAACAUAGGACAUACUGAUCAAGCAUCAAUUUUCUCAAAGGAAACACAAUAUUUGUCUUUUUUCAGCAUUUUUUUUUCCUUCUGCAGUCAACUUUUUUUUUUAUUGGAUUCCGCACUGAUGGAAUAUGGCCCUGAACAAGGAUACUAUGCUACAUUGUUAAUGUAUUGUUACUGGACACGUCAUGGCUUUGACCAGCGGUGAAUAUUCAUUUAAAUCUACUCACCCCAAUCCUCCUUACUGUCCAUUCUCUGCAAACCCAGCUCUAAUGUCCCAAGAGACCUUAACGGAAUUAAUUACAUGUACUUGGAAAAGAAUGUUUGGUACAUAUCACGGUUAUCUGUCUCUUACUAAGGCGCUGAAACUUGGCAGAUUGCAGAAGAAAGGUGAUUUCCCUUUUUUCAAUGGAUGUUGCUUCAUUCCUAUUGUGUAUUUCUCCUUUUAGGUUUGUUAAGGAUAAAAAAACACCCAUGUCCUUAAAAACCCAGAGCAGAUUCUAUUUGUUAUUGUCAAUAGUCAGUUCCUGUAUUGAUGUGGCAUGCCAUGUAAAUAAGCAUUUUGGAGUGAGUGCAGGAAAAAAAUAAAGAGGCACUGUUUCAUA